ACGCAUGGCACCCUGGAAGGAAGGGUAGGUAUAAAACUUCCCUGGCGCGCUGCACUUAACCCCACCAUUGCGGCUCUUUCACCCCACCAUACAUACAUACACACACCUGCCUUCAGAUCGAUCACCUUUGCGGAACGAAACGAUGCCGACGGAACUGGAAGAACUGGUGGGCUUUUUGGGCUCCCCACGGCCGGAGAUUCGACAACUCGCGCUGGAGCAUGCUGUCGGCUACAGCGCAGGUUCCCAGUCGAGUGUCUUCCUCGAGCCCGCUCUGAAACCUAUACGCGAUCUCAAAGUGAUCGUGAACGACAUUCCUCCCCGAGCAAAACACGCGCUCACGAUCCUCGUAAACCUCAGUGACAAAUCCGCGGUGCUGGAGUCGCUGAUCAGCGACGCUCUUUUCCACCCGCUGCUGAUCUCCAAGAUCGUGUCUCAGUCGUACACCAAUGCCGACCAGGCCUCGAUGCUGCUCGCCAACAUGACGAAGUCGGAUUCGUUCUCGAAAAAACUUAUCGACCUCCCGGCACUGGAGGGCGCCGAGGGCGGCGCUGCCUCCGUGCUCGACCAGCUCAUGGACUGCUUCGUUAAGGGCACGAAUCCCGAGGCGAACUACGACUUCCUCGCGUACGUGUUUGCGGAUGUCUCCAGGCUGCCGGCUGGUAGAGAUUAUUUUACCAAGAAGAGGGAUUACGAUGGAGUUAUUCCCAUCUGUAAGCUCACGGUGUUCACGGAACAUAAGAGUUUGAUCCGGAGGAAGGGUGUGGCCAGUACUAUCAAGAACUGCUGCUUCGAUGUAUCCAGCCACCCAACCUUCCUAAACCCCGAGGAGGUAAAUCUGCUACCCUACAUCCUGCUGCCAUUGAUGGGCUCAGAGGAAUACGACGACGAGGACAUGGACGGAAUGCUCGACGACCUCCAACUCCUGCCUCCCGACAAAGCUCGCGACACUGACACCCACAUCCUUACAACACAUCUGGAGUCGCUGCUCCUUCUCACAUCCACCCGCGCUGGGCGAGAGUACAUGCGGAAGGUCCAGGUGUAUCCUAUCAUCAGGGAGACACAUUUGCAUACCGAGGAUGAUGAGGUCGCUGAGGCUUGUGAUCGCCUUGUACAGGUACUUAUGGCCGAGAGGGAUGAUGCGGGUGAUGUAGGCCCCGAUGGCGAGGUGGUAGAAAAGGAGGAGGAGGAGGAGGAUGAGGAUGAGGGCGCUAUGGUCGAGAUAUUAUAGACUAUUUGCUUUUAGAUACCGGGUGGUUUGGGGUAGAAAAAAUAUCAAGAAUCAGCUGGC